CAAGCAGCGGGAACUGCUGGGUGAGAGAAGUCGGAAAACGUCGGUUUGAUCGGCAUUCACUGCAAAAAAAAAAGCGCAGCUUCACCAACUAAUCACGAAAGCAAUGGCUACAGAAAGAGAAAACUCAGACGCUGAGAUAACAGUCACGCUUUCUGAUGAGGAAGAUAACGACGUUUUCAUUGAUUCCACGAGCGAUGAGGAGGAUUUGUGGUGCUUGUCAUCCGAUGAAAGUGUGGAUUACCACGAUGAUACUGAUGAUGUGGACUAUCAGCCACCAACAGCCACCACCAGUGCCCGGCUGCGACGUGACGCCACCCGGCACUCCUCCACCACAGUCCUUCAGAAAGAGCCAUUGACGUCUUCACCAGUGCCAUCAUCUGCAAUUAAACGCAAGAAGACCGUGCAGAAAUCAGCCCACAAGAAGCGCCACAUGUUUGAAUCUAAAGAGAGGUGGCGCUGCAAGGAGGAGAGUGACAUCAAUCCAAAGCCUCCCCCCUUCACACCUGCCAGAACCCCUGGACCUACGUUUGACACCUCGGUCCAGUGGUCCCCCCUGGCUCUUUUUCAGCUUUUUUUCAGUACAUCAGUUGUUCGCACAAUUAUCGACAAUACAAAUGCAAAUGCAGAGAAAAAACAGGCGAAGGCAAAGACAUUCCGCUGGAAAUUGCUCACUGAGCCUGAGUUCUACGUCUUCAUUGCUGUUGUCAUUUUCACUGGCAUUGUCAAAGUCCCUGACAGGGAUGACUACUGGACGAAAAGAUGGCCAUACAACUUCAGCUUCCCAAGAAACGCCAUGAGCAGGGACCGCUUUGAGGCCAUAUUGUGGUCACUGCACCUCAGCGACCCAAAAAACAAUAAUAAAAAGGAGAGUCGAAAAGGUAUACGCUUACACGAUCGGCUGUUCAAAAUCAAGCCGCUUUACACAGACAUUGUUUCAGCAUGCAAAGCUAAUUUUCAACCCCACAAGAACAUUUCGAUCAAUCAGACAGUGGUGCCCUCAGCUCAGAUCACCGCCAAACAACGACGUACAAAGGGCAAAGCAUCGGCACUGGGUUUCAAACUGUUAAUUUUGGCAGACUCUCUUACUGCAUACAGGUGGAACUUCUUUGUUUGCUCCGAGAAGACCGUGUCUUCCACCAUUGGUCAGGGUCUGCGUGACCGAACAAUCAUGGACAUUGUGGACCCGUCCCGGCUGGGAGGGGGCUAUCGACUUUUCGUAAACAAUUUUUACUCCAGUCCCACCCUCUUUAGGGACCUUCAGAAAGCCAACAUUGGAUGUUGUGGCCCCAUCAGAAAGAAUCAAGUUGGUUUUCCCAAGACUACGGAAAAUGAUCUUCCCGCAAAGGCUGAAAAGGGAGACCUGCGAUGGUUGAGGAAGGCUGACCUCCUCUUUGUCAAGUGGAUGGGCCCACAAAAAGUCACCAUGUGCUCUUCGCUCCACGUGGCAUGCAGUGGGCAGACCAUGAAGAGCAAAGUCAAAGUGAACGGUGGGCGCCAAAUGAAAAGAAUCACAAUUCCUGAUGCCGUCCAGGACUACAAUCGCCAUAAGGGGGGUGCGGAUCUGUCCGGCGAUUACACUGUCCAUCACAACACCAAAAAGUGGUACAAAACUUUUUUUUUCCAUUUUGUGGAGAUUGCAGUCGUCAAUUCCUUCAUCCUACACGAGGAGCUGAUUUCUCUCCAGAACAAACCCACAAUGCAAAAGCCACUGACUGAGCAGGUCUUCCGCGAGAGGCUGGCUGCAAGCAUGCUCGAGCUGGAUGGAAAGACGACAGCACCACCGACACCAGCAUCACCGACACCAUCACCACCACCAGCCGGAGGAGCAGAAGCAGCCCAAGUCACCUGCAUGCCCACAUUUUUUCAAGGUAAUUGUAGGAAAUACUGCAAGAGGUGUCAUGCUCUGGGUAUGACCAGGGUCAAGACAAAAGUGUACUGCAGGAAGUGUGAGGUCCCACUUUGCUUGGCCCAGAAAAAAAAACUGCUUUCAACUCUGGCAUGAUGAGCAACAUUGAAAGGACAGGGAGUCCCCCCCCACCCUCCCCAAAAUAAAAAAAAUGAAUUGAAUAUAACUUUAUUGUCAAAUGUGCUGUAUGUAUGUGUAACAUACAGCACAGAUUAAAUUUCUUCGCUCUCAACAUAACACAUAAAACAAAUAUUUUAUUCAUUCGAAAUAUGAAUAUCUGCAGAAUUCCUAAACCUCCUGGGUUGUGUCGUGACAAUCUUGUGUGUCGGGAGAGAUCACCAGGGGCACUUUAUGAAAUUAUUUGAUUUCACUUAAUUUGUCAGAAAAAUAUUAAUUGUAAAGAUAUCGUCGUUCAUCUAUGUCAGGGACAUAUAGUGCCAGGCGGAGCGAUUAAAAGGUCUUCCAUAAAAUGGCAGAAGGUACAAUAACAAGUGUAACCACAUCUGUUGUCAAUUAUGCAACAGAGUAGGUCAUGACUUACUGCGAGUACAAUUAAUUAAACGCGUCCAAAUUUCACAGUGUGAGGAAAUUGAAAUGAGGUCAGCAACUUUCAACAUUCAUAGGACAUUAGAAUUUGUGAUAUUUUUAAUUGGUGGUGUGCCUUAAGAUUUUCUAAUCUGAAAUACAAGCCAUGGGUCCAUAAUUUAAACACUCAACUGUAUUUAUAGAGCACUUUUAUAAAACAACUUUAUCUAUAAAAUAACCAUUGCUGUACACAAAGUGCUGUACAUGGAGCAAAAAACAAUUCAACACCAAACAUUCAUUCAUUCAUUCAUCUUCCGAGCCGCUUGAUCCUCACUAGGGUCGCGGGGGGUGCCGGAGCCCAUCCCAGCUGUCUCCGGGCAGUAGGCGGGGGACACCCCGAAUCGGUCGCCAACCAAUCGCAGGGCACACAGAGACGAACAACCAUCCACGCUCACACUCACACCUAGGGACAAUUCAGAGUGUUCAAUCAGCCUGCCAUGCAUAUUUUUGGAAUGUGGGAGGAAACCCAUGCAGGCCCGGGGAGAACAUGCAAACUCCACACAGGGAGGCCGGAGCUGGAAUCGAACCCGGUACCUCUGCACUGUGAAGCCGACGUGCUAACCACUGGACUACCGGGCCGCCCAACACCAAACAAUAAGACAAUAAAUUAAAAACAAAGUCAAAAGAAAAUUCAAACAGCAAAGCUAAAAGAUAAGUCUCAUGCUGAGUCAGAAGUCAAAGAAUAAAAAUGAGUUCUAAAAUGAGUUGCACGAAAUGAGUUCUUGCACUUAAUGUCGGUUAGCUGUUCAGCAGUUUUGUGCCGUCCUCGAAUGAUUAUGAAUGUAUUAAUGAAAUAAGAGCACAGACUAUGUCCAUAUUUAUAAUGGUAUUUUUAUCAUACUUUUUUCUUUUCUCCUAUUUGUUCAUUUUUAUAUUUGUUCAUUUAUAUUUGUACAUUUGUUAUGUAUUUUUUGUUUUCUGCUUCCAGUUUUAUAUUGCAUGAAUUCAAUUUAAAUUUCAUUUUUUUGCAAGCAUUAUUUAAUCCUUUCUAUAUUCAUCUUGAUACUUUAGUUUUUGACCAUAAUGUUUAUUUGGACAAUGUUUGUGUUAUAAUGGUCUAAUAUUUUUUGUUAAAAUCCUCAUAUGCAUUACGAUGUUAUUUUAUUUGUAUACAGUACAAUAUCCCAGUUAUUGUUCUAAUCUAGUAAGUCCUUUUUGAAAAAAAUCGAUGGUUUUCUCUGUCCUAACACUUCUAUGCAGAGGUAUCUUGCUUUGUUUUUAUGUAAUUAUCAUAAACAGGGAACAUGUAAUAUGGUCACCAAUGUCAUUUGCCAAUUAUGCACUUAAUGUAUUAUCUAAUCCACUGAAAAUAUAUAAUCAAUUAAAGUUGUAAAAGGUUUCUACCGGAGGAAAAUCCUUUGCCAUCAAUGGCGUGUGGAAAAACACAAUAUUACAUAAAAAAGGUGUGUAGAAUUUCAAAGGAUGGUUGGCUCUUUCUAAAAAAAAAUGUUUGUAAAAAUCUACAGUAUAUAAAUACAAGGUUACCAGAUGAAUUUAUUUUAAAAGGGUUUAUUAAUCCUGUGGUACAUUCCACAUUAUACAGUGCAAUAAUUUUAUACCCAAGCCUGUAUCACCACAAAUACAAGAUAUUGAUUUGCAACAUUUCAAUUCAAUGGAAACCGUCUCC